AUGCAAGUAAGGCUCGCGUUUGCUGUCUCGGCCCUGGUCGCGGCUGCUCCCACCCUCGCCGCCACGCUGGGAGGCAAUCUGGGCUGCGGCGCGCCGAGCCUGACGUCCGAGGAUCACGCAGAGUUGCAAGCGCUCUCGAUGUUCCCUAGCGCCGUCGAGGCCGAGCGAGGACCUGUCUCGAUCCCGGUGUACUGGAACACCCUCACCGACAAUAGCGGUCAGGGGAACCUCACCGCUUCUCAAAUCCAGGAGUGGAUGAGCGUCGUCAACAAGGGCUACGCCAAGACGGGCUUCUCGUUCCGUCUCGCUGGGACGCGGUACCUCCAGGACUCGGCCCAGUUCAACACAAAGGGAGUCGACACUGCUGCCACCGUUCGGCUGAGGGACAGCCUACACGUCGGCAACCAAAGGACGCUGAACAUCGUCACGCUCAACAUGCUCAGCGCGGGCUACGUCGGCUACGCCACCUACCCGUGGGUCUACCGAUCCGAACCGCGACAGGACGGUGUCCUGAUCCACUACGACCUUCGUCCAGGCUCGACGGAUCCGAACAAUAACCUGGGCCACGUCCUGAUCCACGAGAUUGGCCACUGGCUCGGCCUCCUCCACGUCUUUUCCGGCUCGUGCGACGGCGACGGCGACGGCGUCGCCGACACGCCCCCGCAAAAGACCCUGUCCCGAGGCUGCCCCACGGGCAAGGACUCGUGCCCCAACAGGCCUGGCCUCGACUCGAUCCACAACUACCUCGACUACUCCGACGACGUCUGCCUGAGGGAGUUUACGCCCGGCCAGGUGGCCCGCAUGAAGCAGUUCUACGGCGCCUACCGCGCAUAA